CCCUCCCUUUCUUUUUCAUGGCACACACCACAGCGAAGUCUGUGCGGAAUCCUAAACCGGCCCAAUUUACAUCCAUUCAUGAAUCUGUGACGUCAGCAAGCCUUUGGGCUUCUUUGCGGUGGGCUGGAGGAUUGUGUGGGUGGAAUCCCCCUCCCCCUUAUUUUUCUAAUUCUGCAAGGCUUUUUAAAUUAACCUUCCAUCUUUUUAAAGCAAGAAAAUGGAACGGCAUGUGUAGGAAUUCUUCAUUGUUGUUUUGGAGCCCUCUCUUCCAUCAGAAUUCUGUCCCAAUAAUUCUCUGAGUGUCAUCUCAGGACCCUGGGCACACUCAUGGCACCAUGGCCAACCCUCAGGAGCCCCUGAGCUGCUCCUCUUCCUCACACUUACCCUCGAGUGAAAGCAGAACCUCCAACGGACUACAAGAUGAACUCACACCUGUGGGGAGCCACCCAUCACCCAAGCUUCUUAAGGACCAGCAGGAAAAGGGGGUGGUGCAAACAGAGCUAACCGAGAGCAUGAACUGCCCCAUCACCACAACAGUGUUGACAAGCGUGAGUGAGGAUUCCAGGGACCAGUUUGAGAACAGCGUUCUUCAGCUAAGGGAACAAGAUGAAUCAGAGAUGGCCAUGUCUCAGGGGAACAGCAACACCAUGGAUGGAGAGAGCACAAGUGGAACUGAAGACAUCAAGAUUCAGUUCAGCAGGUCGGGCAGCGGCAGUGGUGGGUUUCUGGAAGGACUGUUUGGAUGCUUAAGGCCUGUCUGGAAUAUCAUUGGCAAGGCAUAUUCCACUGAUUACAAAUUACAGCAGCAAGAUACUUGGGAGGUGCCAUUUGAGGAGAUCUCAGAGCUGCAGUGGCUGGGUAGUGGAGCCCAAGGAGCUGUCUUCUUGGGCAAGUUCCGAGCGGAGGAGGUGGCCAUCAAGAAAGUGAGAGAACAGAAUGAGACGGAUAUCAAGCAUUUGAGGAAGUUGAAGCACCCUAACAUCAUCGCUUUCAAGGGCGUUUGUACUCAGGCCCCCUGUUACUGCAUCAUCAUGGAAUACUGUGCCCACGGACAACUCUACGAGGUUUUGCGAGCCGGCAGGAAGAUCACACCUCGAUUGCUAGUGGACUGGUCCACGGGAAUUGCAAGUGGAAUGAAUUAUUUGCACCUCCAUAAAAUUAUUCAUCGUGAUCUCAAAUCACCUAAUGUUUUGGUGACUCACACAGAUGCGGUAAAGAUUUCAGAUUUUGGCACAUCUAAGGAACUCAGUGACAAAAGUACCAAGAUGUCCUUCGCCGGCACGGUUGCAUGGAUGGCACCAGAGGUGAUACGCAACGAACCUGUCUCUGAAAAAGUCGAUAUAUGGUCUUUCGGAGUGGUGCUUUGGGAGCUGCUGACAGGAGAGAUUCCUUACAAAGAUGUAGACUCUUCGGCCAUUAUUUGGGGUGUUGGAAGCAAUAGCCUACACCUUCCAGUUCCUUCCACUUGCCCUGAUGGAUUCAAAAUCCUUAUGAAACAGACGUGGCAGAGUAAACCUCGCAACCGGCCUUCUUUCCGGCAGACGCUCAUGCAUUUAGACAUCGCCUCUGCAGACGUUCUUGCUACCCCACAGGAAACCUACUUCAAGUCUCAGGCUGAAUGGAGAGAAGAGGUGAAAAAACACUUUGAGAAGAUCAAAAGUGAGGGAACUUGUAUCCACCGAUUAGAUGAAGAACUGAUUCGGAGGCGCAGAGAAGAGCUCAGGCAUGCUCUGGAUAUUCGUGAACACUAUGAGAGAAAACUUGAGCGGGCUAAUAAUUUAUACAUGGAACUGAGUGCUAUCAUGCUGCAGCUAGAAAUGCGGGAGAAGGAGCUCAUUAAGCGUGAGCAAGCAGUGGAAAAGAAGUAUCCUGGAACGUACAAACGACACCCCGUCCGUCCAAUAAUCCACCCCAAUGCCAUGGAGAAACUCAUGAAGAGGAAAGGCACGCCUCAUAAAUCAGGGAUGCAGACCAAACGGCCAGAUCUGCUGAGAUCUGAAGGUAUCCCCAGUGUGGAGGUGGCUCCCGCUGCAUCCCCUUUGUCCGGAAGUCCCAAAAUGUCCACCUCAAGCAGCAAGAGCCGCUAUCGGAGCAAACCACGCCACCGCCGAGGGAAUAGCAGAGGCAGCCAUGGUGACUUUGCAGGGAUCUUGAAAAACCAGCCAGCGCAGGAAAAUUCACCGCAUCCCACUUAUCUACACCACGCUCCGUCCCAGUACCCUUCUCCCCAUCACCAUCAUCCUCCGCAGCGGCAGUACCAGCAAGCCCCUCCUGCCGUGUCUCAGAGUCACCAUCCCAGACUCAAUAUGCACGGACAGGACAUUGCGACCUGCGCCAACAACCUGAGGUAUUUUGGCCCAGCAGCAGCCCUACGGAGCCCACUCAGCAACCAUGCUCAAAGACAGAUGCCUGGCUCCAGCCCUGAUCUCAUCUCCACGGCCAUGGCAGCAGAUUGCUGGAGAAGCUCCGAUCCCGACGAGGGCCCAGCCGGCCCCUGGGGCUGUUGUCAGGCUGAGCCUUAUGAGCCCUGCCUCCAGUGCAGGCCAGAACAGUGUGGGUCCCUAGACAUACCCUCUGCUGAGCCAGUGGGGAGGAGCCCCGACCUUUUCAAGUCACCAGCACACAAUCCCCUCUCGGAAGAUGCCCAAGGUUCUGAGGAAAUGGAAGAAAAUGAAUUCAAAGGCUGUAGGUCUGCGUCAUCCCUUGGCAUCCCUCAUCACAUCACCCCCCCAAUGCUACCUCGAAACACAAGGCCCCUGCAAAAGAGUGGAGAUGACUCCUCAGAAGAGGAAGAAGGGGAAGUAGAUAGUGAAGUUGAAUUUCCACGAAGACAGAGGCCCCAUCGCUGUAUCAGCAGCUGCCGGUCGUAUUCCACCUUUAGCUCUGAGAAUUUCUCUGUGUCUGAUGGAGAGGAGGGAAAUACCAGCGACCACUCCAACAGUCCUGAUGAGUUAGCAGACAAACUUGAAGACCGCCUGGCGGAGAAGCUAGAUGACCUGCUGUCCCAGACGCCAGAGAUCCCCAUUGAGAUAUCCUCGCAUUCGGACGGGCUCUCUGACAAGGAGUGCGCUGUGCGCCGCGUGAAGACGCAGAUGUCUCUGGGCAAGCUGUGCGCAGAGGAACGUGGCUAUGAGAAUCCUAUGCAGUUUGAAGAAUCAGACUGUGACUCUUCCGAUGGAGAGUGUUCUGAUGCCACAGUUAGGACCAAUAAACAUUACAGCUCUGCUACUUGGUAAUGGAGGAAAACCCAUCCUGAAGAUCUCAUGACUAUACUGGCAUUUCAGAUCGUUCCCCCCUCCCCCCAGACUCUUUCCCCUCUCUCCUUGCUUUUUUGUCUGGGAAGAGAGCUGCCCCAUCUUUCUUACCCCUAGAAAUGAGCUGCAAUAACAGGAACAUGAGACUUCGCAAAUCUCUGGAAAAAAAUAUCCAAAUGAAAUUAAGUCUCACUGAACAUUUCAAUCAAGAAUGGCAGGGAUCUAUUUUAUUGAAUAUUCUAGCUACUGUAACAUUGAUAUUUAUUUUUGUUUGACAUUUUAACACUUUGUACUGUAAAGAGUGAACUAUAUAUGAUAGAAAGAGAGAGACAAUAAUUUCUUGCAAAAAAAAAAAAGAGUGAGAGAGAGAUAAAGGAAGAAAGAAAAGAAAGAAGUGGAAUUUAGGAGCAACAUCCUUGGGAAUUUGUGGGGCCAGGAGGUAUUAUUGCUACUUGAACAGGGGACCAGUUUUUUGGCCAUAAGUGGCUGAAGAAGAGCCAGAGCAAGACAUAUGGAUUAUUUUAGAAAACAAAGAACAACAAAGGAAAAGCAAUUCCAGGUAACUUGUGAACAGACCACAUUAAGUUCAACCAGCUUGUCCACACGGGUGAUGGAAAUGGCCUAGAAAAGAUUGAUGACCAGAUACUUGCACCGAAGGUCUUUGAGGGCAUGUGCUUCCUCUAGGAGGAAAAAGACAAC